UAAUGAUGAUUUGAUCAUGAUGAUCAUCCUUGUGCUUGCUGUGCAAUUUGCGCGUGGCGACUCGUCCACAUCCGCCGCGCCAACCGAACAACCGACAAAACCGAUCACUAAAGGACCUAAUUCUAUCCCAAUUAUCGUUCCGAAAGCCCCAACCUAUUAUGUUCCUCAGCACAGUCCACCGUACGUCCAAUAUAUCCAAAAGCCAGUUUUUUUACCGCACCAACAACCUCAAGCUACCAUGUUGAUCAUAGCUCAACCGGCUUUGGUACCACAGCAUUUGGUUUACGGUCCGGCCGCCCAACAACUCUUGCAUUACUUCCACACAAAUCCACAAGCACGCUACAACCUCUUGCAUGCUGCCUUCCAGCCACAUCCAACGGUCCAGACUUACGCCCAACCGCAGCAUUAUCCUCAACCAAGUCCACCACAGAACUACCAGAUCAUCCCAAGCCCUCAGCAUUUGCUCCCGGCGGCUCCACAACCACAACCACAACAUCAACCUCAACCACAAUUACAACCACAAGCUUACACUCCAGUUCAGUACAACCAACAACAACAUCCAACUGAUUUGCAACAAAUUUCUCAUUACGCAAAUCUUGCUGCCCAACAAUACGCUGGAACACCGAUCAAAACUGCUCCACCAAUCAUCACCGGAUUCGAAAAUUUCACCCCCGAACAGCAAGCCCAAAUCAAGCAACAACUCGGCGCGCAUUUUGGAACUAAUUUAACUCCAAUCAACGGAAACUCGCUUCAAGCUGGUCCACAAUUUGGAGCUAAAUUUAGUACCGAUUAUGCGCAACAGGAACAGAAGCAAGAGCCACAUCAGCAACAACCGACAGCAUCCACGGCAAAUUAUGGUUCGAGUACCAAUGUUUACAGCACUAAACAAUACUCGAAAGCCUAA